CUGUUUUUGCGGAGGUUGUGUUCAUCUCUAAUCUCCUGAAAAUGAUCCUGGUUCCUCUGCGCCUGUCAGUCGACUGUGUGGGCACAGAGACCUGAAGGUCCGUCGCUACAGCAACAGGCUGAACAGACGAAGCUCUGAGCAGGAAGAGACGCCACACGGACCAGAGCACGUCGAGAUCGGACGGAUCUGAAGACACGAAAAGAGCCAGGUCCACAGGUCGUCAUGUUGUCUCUCGGAUCCGCCGCCAUCCUCCUGCUGCUGUGGAGCUGCUGCGUCGUCUUGGUCCCACCCUGCACAGGUCAAGGUAGUGAGUGCAGCUGUAACAUCACCAACAGCCGCUGUGAUGAGUCUGGAGUCUGCAGGUGUGAUCCUGGCUGGGACGGCGACCACUGCGACCGCUGCGUUCCAAUGCCCGGGUGUCGUCAUGGUUCCUGUCAGCAGCCGUGGCAGUGCAGCUGUGACCCGGGCUGGGGAGGACGCUUCUGCGACAAAGAUCUCCAGGUGUGCUCGGAGCAGCCUCCAUGUCUGAAUGGAGCGUCCUGUGUGAUCGAGGACAAUGGUGAAUACUCGUGUCUAUGUCCUGACGGUUUCCACGGCCGACACUGUCACCUAAAGGCGGGGCCAUGUCUCCAGAGGAGGUCUCCGUGUAAAAACGGCGGUCUGUGCGAGGAUGCCGACGGCUUUGCAGCGGCGUUGACGUGUCGCUGUCUCGCUGGCUUCACGGGGUCACGCUGUGAAACUGACGUGGACGACUGCCUGAUGAAACCGUGUGCGAAUGGCGCCACCUGUCUGGACGGUGUCAAUCGCUUCUCCUGCAUCUGCCCCGUCGGAUUCACUGGACGCUUCUGUACCAUCAACCUGGACGACUGCGCCAGCCGACCGUGUCUGAACGGCGGCCGCUGCCUCGACCGCGCCGGAGGGUUCACCUGCGUCUGCCGACCUUGGUUCACCGGCGUCACCUGCCAGACACCGCUGAGGAGCGACGAUGAGAACACAUGGACGACGCUGGGUUGGGAGGGAGGAGGGGCCAGACGUCAUGUGACCACAGGGAAAUGGAGGAGCGGUAACAGCAGUCGUCAUGGCGACAGGCUGUUGAAGGUGACAGUAAGUGAGCGCAGCACCGGCGGUCUGUCACAGGUGCAGCUCAUCACCUUGUUGGUUUUGACGGCGGUGACACUCAGCCUUGUAGCGCUGACCGCCGGCCUCGUGCUGCAGGGUCACUGCAGAGACUGUGGCUCCGCCCCCUGUUGGCCACCGCCUUCGUCGUCUUCAUCACAGCAGCAAGGGCAGAAGAGCAGGUGGCGAGUGCGGCAGGACGGAGAACAGGAAUGUCACAUUAGCUUCCUGAACGCCACCGAAACAGAGAAGAAGAAACUGAACACAGAAGUUCAGGGAUCAAAAGGGUUAAUAUGCAAAUGACCAGCGAGAAAACAGCCAAUCAGAACGGACCUCUGUACAGAUAUUUGACGUGCAGUUACUCAGGAACUUUAAUGUUAAGCCUCUGGAAAUGUAUAGUGAAAUAAGAAAACGGAUACAAAACCUGGUCAAUAAUUGAAGGUCAUUGAUCAUCAGCUCGUCAGUAGAUAUUGAACUAAACGACCUUACAUAAAACGGUUAGAAAGUUUAACAUUUAACAGCUGGAACCCUCAUGACUGGUUUUACUGGAAUUAGUGUGU